AUGGCUCAACAGCACAUCCAGGAUCAGGUGUAUGCCGCCUCAAUCAAAGACCCGGAGACUUUCUGGACACGACAAGCAGAAAAUUUGUACUGGCAUAAGAAGCCUACCAGAGCGUUCCGAAAAACCACCGUGGCCCUUCAAAAGAGCAAGAUCGAGCACGAUUCAUGGAGUUGGUAUUCAGAUGGAGAGAUAUCCACAACGUACAACUGCGUGGACCGACACGUUACAAACGGAAACGGAAACAAUGUUGCCAUUUACUGGGAUAGCCCAGUGACGAACACGAAAGAGCAGUAUACAUACAAACAGCUGCUUGAUGAGGUCGAGACACUCGCAGGGGUGCUUCGGGAAGAGGGAGUCAAUAAGGGCGAUGUUGUACUCAUAUACAUGCCGAUGAUACCUGCUGCAAUCUUCGCUAUGUUGGCAAUUGCUCGAUUAGGUGCCAUCCAUUCUGUCGUCUUCGGUGGGUUUUCACCAGCGGCACUGGCUCAAAGGAUCGAAGCAAGCCGCCCAGUGGCGAUAAUGACGGCAUCGUGCGGAAUCGAGGGAUCAAAGAAGCCAACGGGAUAUAAGAGUAUGAUCGAGGAGGCGGUGCAGAGGAGCAACGUCAAACCAUCGAAGACGAUUGUGUGGCAGCGAGGUCAGCUCAGAUGGGAUCCUGUGAUAAAAGAGAACGGCCAGAGAAACUGGCAACGACUAGUCAAGAGCGCCAGGAACAGAGGACUCAAGGCCGAAGCCGUACCUGUGGAGAGUGGAGACGGGCUCUACAUAAUCUACACAAGCGGGACGACCGGUCUACCAAAGGGAGUCGUUCGCUCUGCCGGCGGCCACGCAGUUGGUUUAAACUUCUCGAUGAAGUACCUAUUCGGCAUCCAUGGCCCUGGAGACGUUCAAUUCACUGCUUCUGACAUCGGCUGGGUUGUGGGUCACUCGUACAUUGUCUACGCACCAUUGCUUGUCGGCGCUACAACUGUGUUGUUUGAAGGCAAACCCGUCGGCACCCCCAAUGCAAGCACCUUCUGGCGGAUCAUCCGGGAUUACAAGGUCACCACUAUGUUCACUGCUCCGACCGCACUUCGUGCGAUUCGCCGUGAGGAUGGCGAGAACGAGUUCUUCGAGAAGCGGUAUGGAGAGAAGGGUGCUCUGAAGUCGCUGAGAGCGCUCUUCCUAGCCGGUGAGAGAAGUGAGCCCAGUAUCGUACAGAUGUACCAGAAAUUAUUAGCCAAACACUGCGCGCCAGGUGCGAUAGUCGUUGAUAACUGGUGGUCUUCAGAAUCAGGAUCACCUAUUUCCGGAAUUGCAUUGGGUGCAUCCGCCGGACUCGAUUUUUCAUCGUCAGAGCGACCCGAGCCGCUUCCCAUCAAGCCUGGAUCUGCUGGAAAAGCAAUGCCCGGAUUCGACGUUCGCAUCGUAGAUGACUCGGGCAAGGAGGUGAAGAGAGGAGAGAUGGGCAAUAUUGUGAUGGGCAUCCCUCUGGCGCCGACAGCCUUCACGACACUGUGGGAGGACGAAGAGCGGUUCUACAAGGGGUACAUGAAGCGAUUUGAUGGGAAAUGGAUUGACACUGGUGAUGCUGGCAUGAUCGAUGAAGACGGCUACAUAUCCAUCAUGUCCAGAGCGGACGAUGUCAUCAAUGUGGCAGCCCACAGGUUCAGUACCGGUGCUAUUGAGCAAGCCAUCACAACACAUCCAUCUGUCGCCGAGGCGGCUGUUGUUGGCAUACCUGAUGACUUGAAGGGUCACCUGCCUUUUGCAUUCAUCACGCUUGCCACCCAUCCUCAUCCUGACCCUGCUGUUCCUGACGACGAGUUGCUAUCUGAGGUGCAAAAGCUCGUGCGCGAGCAGAUUGGUGCCAUUGCGUCUCUAGGCGGUAUCAUUCAAGGCAAAGCUAUGAUCCCCAAGACACGAAGUGGCAAGACAUUAAGACGCGUUCUUCGUGAGUUGCUCGAGAAUGCAACACAUGGAGACUUCGACAAAGAGGCAAAUAUCCCCAGUACGAUCGAAGACCGCGAGGCUGUAAAGGUAGCGAGGGAGAAGGUCAGAGAAUACUUCGAAGUGAAGGGCAAGGAUUUGCACAAAGCGAUUGAGGUCAGAGCGAAGCUGUAG